AUCAAAAUGAGUUUAACAAAGAUUAAUAUUUCCCUGAUAGCAAAAGUGCCAACAAUAAAUAUACGCAAUUAUCAUCAACGGCAAAAGCAUCUGCAAUAUUGUAUAAACAAUCAAUCUAUGUGAGAAUGGUUGAAAACUUACGCUCCCGAGGAUUCUUAUCUGGAACAAUGCGUCAUCAUAUAUCACACGUCCAUGUUAAUUUCGAUCCAGAAGCACCACCAACCUGUAGAACUACUAUGUUGCUUAAUGCUACUCCGGAUCUUAUGCAAUCUUAUAUUACAAACCAACAGAUAACUUUAAUAGAGAAGCCCGAGAUAGACAAAAAAGUUAAGAGACAUAGUAUCCACGGAAUGAUGGAAGAUGAUAAUAUAAUAAGGCCACAUCAAGAGAUGGCAAGUCUGUCAUUGAAUGAUAAAAAGUUCUUACUGGCUGUAGAGCGUGGCGAUGUGGCCGGAGUACGAAAGAUGCUAGAAAUAAAUCAUGAAAAGAUAAAUAUCAAUUGCGUGGAUCCUUUGGGUAGAUCGGCUCUUCUUAUGGCGAUCGACAAUGAAAACCUUGAGAUGGUUGGUCUUCUGAUUGAGUUUAAAGUGGAUACAAAAGAUGCGCUUCUCCAUGCAAUAUCAGAGGAGUUUGUCGAAGCGGUCGAGCUAUUACUUGACCAUGAGGAGAGCUUUCAUUCUAACGGAGAACCUCAUAGUUGGGAAGCUUUACCGCCAGAUACAGCAACAUUUACACCAGACAUCACACCACUUAUUCUAUCAGCACAUAGAGAUAACUACGAAAUCAUUAAAAUAUUGUUGGAUCGAGGUUCUACACUACCUAUGCCUCACGAUGUUCGUUGUGGAUGCGACGAAUGUGUCACAUCACGCCUGGAGGAUUCACUUAGGCACUCAAGGAGUCGCAUAAACGCUUACAGAGCACUUGCGUCGCCUUCCCUCAUAGCUCUUUCCUCUAAAGAUCCAAUACUCACAGCCUUUGAGCUCUCCUGGGAACUUCGUCGCCUAUCCUUUCUGGAACAUGAAUUUAAAUGUGAAUACCAGGAACUUCGCAGACAAUGUCAAGAUUUCGCUACAGCUCUUCUAGAUCACACGAGAAGUUCAUAUGAAUUAGAAGUAUUAUUAAACCAUGAUCCGAGUGGACCAGCAUUUGAACACGGUGAACGCAUGCAUCUUAAUCGGCUUAAACUUGCAGUUAAGCUUCGUCAAAAAAAGUUUGUGGCACAUCCAAAUGUGCAACAGUUAUUAGCAUCAAUCUGGUAUGAAGGCCUACCAGGUUUUAGACGUAAAAAUAUGGUUUUGCAAGCUUUGGAGAUAGUUCGCAUCGGUAUACUUUUUCCCUUCUUCAGUGCUGCUUACAUCAUUGCACCUCAUAGUGUAAUUGGCCAAACAAUGAGAAAACCUUUUAUCAAGUUCAUAUGUCAUUCUGCUUCAUAUUUCACAUUUUUAUUUAUGUUAAUACUGGCAAGUCAAAGAAUAGAAAGCGUAAUCGGUGUUUGGACAGGUCGUGAUAUUUCCGAUCAUGAGGUUGAGCCAACAAAAAGAGGUGCUGCGCCAACGAUAGUAGAAUGGUUCAUUCUCGCUUGGGUUUCUGGACUAAUUUGGUCGGAAGUAAAACAAUUGUGGGACGUUGGUUUAGAAGAAUAUGUAAAUGAUAUGUGGAACGUGAUUGACUUCGUGACAAAUUCCUUGUAUGUGGCAACAGUAGCGUUAAGAGUGGUUGCUUACUAUAGAGUACAAAAGGAAAAUGAAGGUCAGGUGUACGGUACAAUAAUAGAACUGCAACGUGAACAAUGGGAUACAUGGGAUCCCAUGCUUAUAUCUGAAGGUCUCUUCUCAGCUGCUAAUAUUUUUAGUUCAUUAAAGCUAGUCUAUAUUUUCUCUGUGAAUCCUCAUCUUGGACCACUACAGGUAUCCCUCUCCAGAAUGGUAAUGGAUAUUAUGAAAUUCUUCUUUUUGUACGUGCUGGUACUCUUUGCUUUUUCAUGUGGUUUGAAUCAACUAUUAUGGUAUUACGCUGACAUGGAGAAGAAAAGAUGUCCAACAGCGAUGCCUCAUCUACCAGCCAAUGCAAAUAUUACUAUGGAUCCAAACGCGUGUAUUGUUUGGAGAAGAUUUGCAAAUCUUUUUGAAACAACACAAACGCUCUUUUGGGCCGUCUUUGGCCUAGUUGAUCUUGAGAGCUUUGAAUUAGACGGGAUCAAGGUCUUUACUAGAUUUUGGGGUAUGCUGAUGUUUGGUACUUACUCAGUGAUAAACAUCGUUGUAUUGUUAAAUCUACUUAUUGCUAUGAUGAAUCAUUCCUAUCAAUUAAUUUCUGAACGCGCAGAUAUUGAAUGGAAAUUCGCACGCAGCAAGCUUUGGAUAAGUUAUUUCGAAGAAGGUGGUACUGUGCCACCACCAUUUAAUAUUAUUCCCACGCCGAAAAGUGCCUGGUACAUUGGCCAAUGGAUUUAUAGAAAACUUUGCGGUCAUAGUCGUGCAGCGAAAAAAGAACACAUGCGUACUAUACGAAGAAAAGUCAAACAAGCAUCUGAACGAGAUUUUCGAUAUCAAGGUAUAAUGCGCAAUCUGGUAAGGCGCUACGUAACUGUUGAACAGCGGAAAACGGAAAAUGAGGGUGUGACUGAGGACGAUGUGAAUGAAAUCAAACAAGAUAUCAGCGCCUUUCGAUGCGAGCUUAUUAAUAUCUUGCAAAAAUCCGGUAUAGCCACAGAACACACUUCCGGAACGGGUACCGACGGGAACGUAAAAGAGUUAUCGCUAGGUGUAGGCGGUAAAAAGAAUCGUCAGAAAGAGCGCCGAUUGAUGAAAGGCUUCAACAUCGCACCACAGCCAAGCGGCAGUGGAACCCUACCGCCAGUGGUUGAGUUCAUAGCUAGUUUAAGAGAUCAACAACAACAAACAUCUGACGAUCAAAGGAGGCAUCAUCAUGAAAUCUUUGGUAGUACUCUGAGUGGUAUAUUUAGUCCCGGAUCAACUUCAAAAGGCAAUUUUGACCAUAUAAGUACGAAUAGCGUUCCGGGAUUAACUUCAUAUCAAAAACAAUCUAGAGAAUCGCAAAACAGUUCCAGAAAGCGUAAAUGGAGCACUCUUAUACAGGCUGCAAAAACUGGCCGAGUAUCUAGACUUUUAGGUCAUUCUCGCUCUGAAGACUCGGUAUAUUCCCCAGCUUCAGAAGAUGGUGGUUCACGCUCAGAAGUUUCUACAAAUUCGAAGUCUUCAUUGGAUAUAUUAUCUCCAGAUUCUCAGCUACAUCAUCCUCAUCACCUUCUUAAUUCUCAUUCAUCUCAAGAUCAUUACCAUCAGCGGGAACAGCAACAAAAACAACCUCAUCAGCAACAGCACGAAGACCAUCAUAUCUUUAGUUACGCGUUUGCACCUGCAUUAGCUGCGCUUUGUAGAAAGCGUAAAAAGUUUUCUUCAUCCCGUGCCUCUACACCUACUAUCAAUAUAAGUAAUGAUAAUAAUAGUAUUUGUACUUCAACAACACUUGCUAUUGAAAGUACAAUACAUCCAAUUACUUCAUCGCUUAUUUCACAUGUUAGUAAAAAACAACUUCAACGGGCUAGUAGUGUACCAACACGUAAUCCAGACAUGAAUUUCCAUGAAGUAACACAAUGUCAGAAGCCGAGUCUCGAUGAAAUAUCCGUUAAUAAUGAUACAAAAAAUCAAGAUGAAUUAACUGCUAUAAUAAGUUCAACGAUUGAUGUAACUCCAUCAAUAACUGAGGAGAGUAUCCUGCGUGCCAAUCUAGUGAUCGCCGCCAAACGUAACGGUUCAACAAAUCAGCUACAGAAACUGCCCCCAGGUAUUGAACCCAUAACUGGGCACGAUGAAACGGUUUCAAUUGGCUGGCUUUAAAAAGUCUUCUUGAUUGGUUAAUCUUAGAAUUAAAUAGACGUAAGCAACUAAAAAUUAGUAGAUGAAUUACAUUUUCUUCAACUGAAACACAAUGAUGCCUUGUUUUCAUUUGAAAUUCUUCGAAUGUUUUAUACUUAAAAGACUUCUAAUAAUAACAAAA